ACACGGCGCAAGAACGAGGCCCAAAUUUUCGCGGCGCGUCACUCGAGGAAUGGAUCUCGCCUUCUGACCGACAACCCAGCUCUAGCCCAUUCGCACUGCCUCUUGUAGGACACUACAAGGGGCCAGAGUGCAAGGAGAAGGAGGGAAAAGUGGGAGCAUUGGAGAAAGUAGCGGAAAAGGGCCGUAGAUGGAGCCCAACCGCGGCGAUCCCAAUUAUGGCAAUGGUCCCGCCGAGGGGCAAGAGGCCCCUGGUGACGACCCAGCCCUCUCUGGAGGUAUUGGGCCCUUUGCUACUCCCGUCAAUCUAUGGGUGACGUCUCCGUCUCAUGCCGACACAUUGCAGCAGAGGAGCACAGGCGUCGACCAAGUGCAGACCAGCUUUGACGUUGUCACGGCGAGCCCCUUUGGGUCUGCACAGGCCUCGCCCAACCAGCUCCACUUUCCCCAGGGCAUCCAACAGCAAUUUCCGAACAACCUUGGUCCCGACGCUUGGUCCGCAGCCCUUUCUUCUGAGUUCCAGGCCAGUCUUGAUCAAGGGGGAAUGGCACACUUUUCAUUGCCAAGUCAGCAGCAGCAGCAGCUGUCGAACUAUCAGCAUCAGCAGCGACACUCACAAGCGCAUCAAAGGGGCGAGCAGCAGCAACGACAACAACAACAACAAGAGCAACACAUCCCCCUCACAAUUGACCAACCAAGCGGGGUGCCAGCUCAUUGGACUCAAGCUCCGUGGCACCCACAGCCGUCGCCAUCGGACCCGUUUUUCAAUCUGAGUGACAACAUCGCCAUCACCAAUUCCCCCGGGAGUCAACAAGCGCAACCCUCCCUGUCCCAACACCAACACCACCCGACAUUCCCUGAUCAUCAACGGCAGCGACAAGAUUCACACCAGCCGCCGCCGCAGCAGCAGCAGCAACAACGCGAUCAGAGGGUCCACGCACAAAUGCCCGUUCGACGGCAUUCAUCCUUUGUAGCUGCUGAUGGUCACUCAUGGGAUUCACAUCUUGCGACGAGCGGUUUUGCGACUCCUCAUGCUGACUUUCUUCACCAACGUCACUACGCCGCUGCUUCUUCGGCGGCUGUCGCCGCCGUUGCUGCUGCCAGCAAUGCCAGCAUCAAUACAGCCUCUUCAUCGUUGUCUUCGGCCCCCGACCAGCAACACCUGGCUCCAGUCAACAUGUAUGCGCCCUUCGCACCAAAUAGCAGUCUACAGAUGCCUUCGCCCACCUUUCUCGACCUGCGUCAGCAUCAACACCAACAGCAGCAACAACAGCAUCCUCCUGGGCUCUCGCUACCCCCUCCCAAUCCCCCGAGGGAAGCCGAUCUGCAAGCUUCUGCAGCGGUCGAGACGCCAAAGAGGGCAACAGCCGCCUGCCGCUUCUGCCGGGUCCGUAAGCUUCGCUGCGACGGCAGCCAACCCUGUCGACAAUGCGAACGGAGAAACAUUGAAUGUUUCUACCCACCAGUACUACAAACCAAAAGCCGUAAGAGAAAGGAUCAGGAUCAAGAUCAGGAUCCCUCAUCCUUGACGACGCCCACGUCAGCAACCUCAGCGGCUUUCGGUGGUGGCAACGGCAGUGGCAGUGGCGGUGGCAGUGGCGGCGGAGGCGGCGGAAACAGCGAGGCUCCGCCGUCGAAACGGGUUUCGCCGGUGCGGAGGAAGAGCCUCCCGGCAGCGACCGCCUCUGGUAUCGCUUCGCUGGCUUCUUCUUCCAAGCCCGUCGUCAUGUCGUCGCCCCAGAACGCUUCACUGGCAUCGCCCAGCGCUCAACAACAGCCUUCCGUCCUAUCCCGUUCACCUUCUUCGAUGGGGAAAAGGCCAGGAGAGAUGUCGCAGCAAGACAGCGACCGCAAAGACAAAUAUUCACGGUCAAUGUCGUGGCAUCAGGCUGCCAACAACGCUGAAGACACUGAGGACCGUGAUGUUGGUGCAUUAGGAUUUGAUCGGGGCGAGCAAAAGGCGGGCGGUAGGGCUCAAGACAUGGGACCUUUUCUCCUUAGCUUGGGAUCCUUGCCCCCGCCCCUAAAUGUGGACGCAGACCGACCGUACACCUCUGUGCUCGCCUCGCCUGGCCUCGAUGAGUAUGUUACGGCCGAGCCAUCAGGCAUCAGCACCGAUGACGGCGGUGAUACGCCAAAUGCUCGGCAGCAGACCAACGACAAAGCUGCAAAAAGAAAAGGCGACACUUUCGUGGACAUAGUCGACGAGCACGAGACGGAUGAUGUAGAGGACGACAUCACAAGUUCGGACGAGCCUUUUGCGAAUAAGGAGCUCGCCGCCACUGGUCCGACCCUCAUGCUCCCACGAGGCAAUGCCCCGAACGAUGAUUGGUGGAACGAUCUUUUGGGCUACUUCGGCCCCAAUAAGUCUCUGUCGACCCAAUUUGUCAACAAACUCCUUCGCCAGUUCGUGGUUCGUAAUCCCGUCUUCUUCGGCCUGCUUCACAUGCCGACCUUGAUGGACCGGAUCCGUACGCCAGAGAAGCGCAGGUCUGCCGAACCCGCCCUCUACUUUGGUGUCGUCUCGGUUGCCAUCUGCGACAUCUUGUCCACCAAGCCUGAACCCUGGACUGCCGAUAUUGAAGCAGCAGACGAACACAUCAGAGCGUUCGCUGUCCGUUUGUCGAGAUCCGGUCGAGGCUACUUAGAACGUCAACUCGUGUCGAUGCAAAGGCCUUCUCUAGAAACAGGGCAAGCGGCCAGCGUGUUAGCUAUGCUGGAGACAAACAGUAGCGCGGAUCAGGCCAAUCUCAUUCGCAUCCUCGAGGGCAUCGUGACAUCAUUUGCGACCUCCGGAUCCGCCUCGGCCUUAUCUGGCAAGGGCAAUGCAGCCCCGAUCGCAGAGGGUCCCUCUGACCCAGUCUACUACAAAAGACCAUCCAAAUUACCGUCGAUUCAAGCUGAAAUUAAUCGUGAAGCAAUGACGCGACUCUGCUGGUCAAGCUGUUCGCAUUGGAGCCGGAUGGUCAUCAAACAGCCCGACCUUGAUUUUGGCCCUGGCUUGGAAGUCCUGGAUCAGAUACAACCGAUGGCGGCCUGGGAGCCAACUCGGUUGCCACAAGUGCUCCCAGACGCCUUCUACAGAAGCAUGGACUUUAUGCGGGCAGGAGCAGAGCUGGGCAGGCUCCAACAUUCCGUGUGGAACUUGAAGAUUCUGGGCACCGAAGCGUCAUCUUCUGCGACUGGUGCUUCGCCCACACUCGAAAGCCUCGAGUACCUCGUGCGCCUUGAAAAGUUGGAAACACACUUCAAGCGUUUCAUGCCCAGCAUCUCAGCCCAGCGCGAUCGGCUCCUCACAGCGGGUGCAGAGAUGCUGGGCAGAUGCAUGGUUGCGACCCGGAUGUCGCUUUGGCGAAAGACAGGUCUCUUUCGGAUCGGGGGCGGCGCUGGUCGUCUCGCGGCCGUCGCAAACUUCACCGAUUUACCGACGUCGGUCCAAUUCUGGUUUGAUCUGUUCACAGAGGCGACCGAGAGUGUCGAAGGCGAAAAUGGACGGCUUGACGCAGUCUUCGCCUCUGCAGCGCCAGCGUCAUUCUCGAGGGUGGCAGACUAUGGAACGAAGGCAACGAUGACGCAAAUUCGUCGAGCGCUCGACUCGAAGCUAUCCAGCUCUGAAUUGACCUCAAUCAUGCACCACGUUCGACUCGCUUUGCAGAUCAGCCACGCUUCUUUGCAUAUCGAGAAGAUCGAGCCUCUGGUACGCAGGAUGCUCGACGCUCUGGUUUCUCAUGCCAAUCACCUAACUCGACGAAGCGAACUCGAGGACAAGGUGACGAAUGUCAAGUGGCAAUAUCUUGCCAGAGGUCUUGCAGAAGAUGUGGCAAAGCUUCUCAACGACACCGAGGAGACUUACGGAGCGCUUCGCCAGGCCGAGACGGAUCGAGCGCAAGACGUUCGAACGCUCUCAAAUUACGCGACGUCAGGCAUGACGGACGAGAGACAAGCCGACGAAAAUGGCGGUUUUUUUCCCAUCGAGAUCACCAUACCUCCUCUUCCCACCAGCAAUACCACAGACAGCACCCAAAUCCCAACGACGUCUGCCUAGUUCCCCGAAGCCCUUCUCAACACAUCACUUUGGCGAACGUCAUCGCAAAAUCUUGCAGGCAAGCUCCCUUGCAGUGCCUCCCCUCCAACCCACAUAAUAUAUACGCAAGCGACUAUGUCGCAAAACACACCUCUGCAUCCUCUCUCGUUUCCCUGAUAUAUAGGUCCCCUAGACGCCCUAGUUGUAAUAACGCUGUAACCGUAGUUUCGUGUCUCACUUUCUCUCUCCCUCUC